AUGAGAGAGGACUGCUUCUACUUCAUGACUUCUAACUGCGCCCGUGGCAUGAAUUGCGCGUACAGGCACAGCCAGGAGGCAAAGCACAGCCAAGCAGUGUGCAAUAAUUGGAAAAACGGGCUUGACUGCGAUGAGUCCUGCCCAAACAAACACUCGGACUAUCAAGUAAAAGAAAAGCCCGCUGUGGAGUGCUACUGGGAGACGCACGGUGGAUGCAGAAAGGCAGACUGCCCGUAUGUUCAUAAGCAGAAACAGAAAGUACCCAUGACGAAUAAGCCUCCUUGCCUGUUAGAUAUUCAAAAGCUCAACUACGAUUUGGAGAAACUGAACAUAAAGGAGUGCCACGAAAAUAAGCCAAUUGUAGUAAAGAACAUAGGAGAACUAAUGAAAGAGCUGAAAAAUAUUGAAGAAAUCUUUCAUAUUUAA